AUGACAAACGUCAAUUGGAGCCAGCUGGAGAAGAAAGUGGCGGAGAUUAAACGCAACACGCGUCUAGGUGACGUAUCGGAUCUCUCAAUCAAACAGCUCAGGAAGCGGCUGAAGACUCAUCUAAACCUCGACGAGGAUAACCCACCUCUUCAGUUUGUUGUGCUACAGUCAGACGUCUUUGAGGCUUGGCUAUUAACGCUGGAGAAGCGUGACGGUAGUACUCUAAGCUUCUCGGCGCUAAACACUUAUCGCGCCGGUCUAUUCAACCUCUAUCGUGACUAUGGAUGUGAAAUGUUUGCAGCUAUGGAGAAAGAUUUGCGCCAGUAUUUCAAGGGGCUCAAACGGGAAAUGGCUAUUGCAUUCCUCCAACAAACAUCAAAGGACAUGCUAUUUGCGAGGGCGUACAUGGUAAUUUCUUGGAAUCUCAUGUGUAAAUCUGCAAACGCUUUUGGCAUUCGCCACGGCCACAUGGAGUGGAGUGGAGUGGAGAUGCCCUGUGUGUGUACUUUGCACACCAGAAAAACGACCAAGAAGGCCGUAGACCUCGUGACCCAAGACACAUCUACGUCAAUCCAUUACGACCGGCUAUCUGUCUCGUGCUAG